UGCUGGAGCGAGCUUCCACUUAACUCCGGUCCCCGUCCCCGCGCGCCAUGUGCCUCCUCGGCGGGCUGAUCGCCCCGCCGCCGCUGCUGCUGCUGCCGCUGCUGCUGCUGCUGUGUCCGCCUGCGGCGCAGGGUGACUGCAGCUUUCCCCCAGAGGUACCUAAUGCCAUACAAACUGAGGGUGACCGCCAGAGUUUUCCUGAAAGAACCACAGUAACAUACAAAUGUAAAGAAGGCUUUGUAAAGGUUCCUGGCAAGGCAGACUCCGUGGUCUGUCUCAACAAUAAAUGGUCAGAGGUGGCAGAAUUUUGUAACCGUAGCUGUGACGUUCCAACCAGGCUACAAUUUGCAUCUCUCAAAAAGUCUUUCACCAAACAGAAUUAUUUCCCAGUGGGUUCCAUUGUGGAAUAUGAAUGCCGACCUGGCUACCAAAGGGACCAUCUUCUCUCAGGAAAACUAACUUGCCUUCCGAAUUUUAUAUGGUCCAAACCCAAUGAAUUUUGUAAAAGAAAAUCAUGUCCUAAUCCUGGAGAUUUAAGACAUGGUCAUGUCAGCAUUCCAACUGACAUAUUGUAUGCUGCAGUUAUCCACUUCUCGUGUAACAAGGGGUACAGGUUAGUCGGUGCAGCUUCUAGUUACUGUUCCAUUGUAGAUGACGAUGUUGGAUGGAGUGAUCCAUUGCCUGAAUGCCAAGAAAUUUUUUGUCCAGAACCACCAAAAAUUAGCAACGGAGUCAUUCUAGAUCCACAGAACACUUAUGUGUAUCAACAGGCUGUAAAAUAUGCAUGUAUGAAAGGCCUCACCCUGAUCGGAGAGAACUCUAUUUAUUGUACUGUUAAGGGUGAUCAAGGAGAAUGGAGUGGCCCGCUGCCUGAAUGCAAAGGUUCUCAGAUUUCUGCAGUCAUACUAGGAGCAGAGACACCCACCACAGUAAAUGCAUCAGCUACAAAGCCCACAUCAGCUCCUCAGAAACCCACCACAGGGAAUGUUCCAGGUACCGAAGCUACAUCAACUCAGAAACCCACUACAGCGGAUGUUUCAGGUACCAAAGUCCCAUCAGCUCCUCAGAAACCGACCACCAUAAAUGCUCCAACUACAAAGUCCCCAUCAACUCUUCAGAAAUCCAACACAGUAAAUGUUCCAGCUACAGAAGUCCCAUCAACUCAGAAACCUGACACAAUAAGUUCUUCAGCUACAGAAGCCCUACCAACUCCUCAGAAACCCAGCACAGUACAUGUUUCAGCUACAAAGACCCCACCAACUUCUCAGAAACCCAACACAAUAAAUUCUUCAGCUACAAAGACCCCCUCAACUCCUCAGAAACCCAACACAAUAAAUUCUUCAGCUGCAGAAGCCCUACCAAUUCCUCAGAAACCCAACACAGUACAUGUUUCAGCUACAAAGGCCCCAUCAACUCCUCAGAAACCCAAUACAGUACAUGUUUCAGCUACAAAGGCCCCAUCAACUCCUCAGAAACCUGACACAAUAAAUUCUUCAGCAGCAGAAGCCCUACCAACUCCUCAGAAUCCCAACACAGUACAUGUUUCAGCUACAAAGACCCCCUCAACUCCUCAGAAACCCACCACAGCAAAAGAUUCAGCCACAGCCAAAAAAUCCCCCAUAUCAAAUGCUCUAUCUACAGAGACCCCGCCAGCAGCCCAGAAUCCCAUCGUGGCAAACGCGUCUGCUACACAGGCCAUGCCAGCAACCCAUAGAUCCUCCACAGCAAAAGCUUCAUUUACACACAGUCUUCCAGCAACACGAAAGUCCACUGCUAUACAUGCCCCAGUGACUAAGGGUCUCCAUACAACAAAAAGAUUGACCUCUGCUCGUAUUACAGCAAAACAGAGUUCAGCUACUCCCAGGACAACCAGCGCACCUCGCGGAAGAGGGACCCUCUCUUCAGAUGCUGCCAUCAUUGCAGUUGGACUUGCUGGUACUGUAAUUGGUACCGUAAUUCUAGUCAAAAUUUUCUGGCACUGUGGAAAAUCAGGGACACACAGGUAUAAUACUGACAGUCUUGUUUAUGAUGCUAGUAACCAUUGGCUAGCUAAUUUAGCCGAAGAAGAAUUAAGAAGAAAAUGCACACCAGUAUGCAGAAUAUUUCUAGUUUCUUAGACCUUUCUGGAGGAGUGGACAAAAUAAAUGUAAUAGUGCUCUUCGUUUCGCAUGUUAUCAUUGUCCUUAAGAUGCAUAGGAAAACCAACGAAGCAAGGAGAAGCGAAUCUGUCCUGGGACACUCCCAAACCUCUUGAAAAUAGAAGAACUUGCAAGAUUUAGAGUGAUUACUUUCCUCAAAGUUUAGGAAACCGUAGAGGUUUGUUUGUACUUAGAACGUGAGCAUGAAGAAAAGGAAAUGCGUCAUUUUUUUUUCACUAGAUAUGUAGUGUUAUUUUUGUUUACAAAGAAAAUUAAAAACUAAAAACAGUAAUUGGAUAUUGGAAAGAAACAAAAAACCUAGCCUCUUCUGAGCAAACCUGCUGAAGAGAGAUGAACUGUAUUAUAAAAUAACUCUUGAUUGUAAGGCAUUUUCUUCUUUUCUCAUUCCAUUAAAAUGAGUCUGAAUGUGUUAGGAAAUAUUUUAAAGGGAAAACAUGCUUAUGAUGUGAGAAUGUUGAUUUUCUUGGGUUCGUUGGUGGCAAAGGAGGAAUACAGAAUGAAGGAAUAACUCUUUCUUUGUCCCACAAAUAUAGGUAUCCAGUCAGGACUUAGCCUCUCACUUGUAAGUAAGAUGGAUUGGCUAUAAUUUUGUUUAAGGACAAUUUUUUUUUUCCUCUUGGAGAAGAAACCCUAUGAAAGGGUGAAAGGUGUCUCCAUUAACUUAAUAUCUCUAAAAGUAUCCAGCAAUAUUAUAUUAACAUAAGAAAAGAGUCUAUAUUUCUGAAGUGAGAUGUUCAUAGCCAAAUUGUAAAUCUUAUUCUUUUCUAAUACUGAGAUUAAUUUAUUUAUAUUUAUUUAUGUCAGUGAAUGCAUUGGUUUUACAUGUAUAGCAAGACAAGUUCAAGAAGAUAUGUAAAGAAAAAUUUAUUUUCCCUAAAUAGAAAUAAAUAAUUGAUCACA